UCAUGCCCUCAGUGGAUUGACCACUAGGACUCUCUCUCCCUCUCCUUCCCUGUCUUCCCCCUCCUUCAUCCUAAAGCUGUCAUCCUGGGCAGAGUUGAGACGACGGUUCAGUCCCUAAACGCCCGGAUGAGAGCAGCAGGCGACAUUCUGGGCAACAUGGUCGCCUGAGUCGGUCGAGUCGAGGGCAACCAUCCUGGGGGACGACAGACACUGCUGGAAUCUCUGACAUUUUCGACGCAACCCACGGAGAACGUUUCUUGGAAAAGCCAGGCAGAGACAGAGGCGUGGAGGCGAAGAGGAGCGCACAUUCCCCUCUUGUGGUGUCCUAUUUCAUUUAAAAAUUACAAACAAGGAAACCUACACACAGUGCACAUACAGGCGGUUGGAAAGAAUAACAGGAACACCCUGCAAAGUAAUUCAGCAGUGAUGGAGGAAGUAUCCAGGUCAGCUGCAAAAGUGAAGGAACGUGCAGACAGGCUGUCUCACACUAAACUAUGGAAUGCUUCCUGCACCCACCAUCACUAGUCUCCAAUCUUUGGACUGAGAUCCAAACGUUCAGUUAGCAACUGUGCUUCUCCCCUUGAACUCUUUACAACCAGGGGACGAAGAAUAGGAGUGGGCUUUCAAAGUCCUCUGCUACAACGUACAGAGGCACUUCUGUUUUUUGAUUGUUAAAACUAGUUUUUUGUUUUGUUUUUGUUUUUCUCCUCUUGGAUUUUUUUCCUGGUGAACUCGUAUCAAGAUGGAUAUGGAACCUUACCUGUGGAUGGUGGUCAUUGGCUUCAUCGUUGCCUUCAUCUUGGCCUUUUCAGUAGGCGCCAAUGAUGUGGCCAAUUCAUUUGGCACAGCAGUGGGGUCUGGUGUGGUCACACUGAAGCAGGCCUGUAUCCUGGCCUCUAUCUUCGAGACGCUGGGCUCAGUGCUGCUGGGGGCAAAAGUGGGUGAGACGAUUCGGAAGGGCAUCAUAGAUGUCAGCCUGUACAAUGACACGGUUCCUGUGCUCAUGGCAGGGGAGGUCAGCGCCAUGGUCGGCUCAGCUGUCUGGCAGCUCAUUGCCUCCUUCCUCAAACUGCCCAUCUCUGGGACCCACUGCAUUGUUGGAGCCACCAUCGGCUUCUCCAUGGUGGCCAUCGGCACCAAGGGCGUACAGUGGAUGCAGCUUGUCAAGAUUGUGGCAUCAUGGUUCAUCUCCCCCUUGCUCUCAGGACUCAUGUCAGGACUGCUUUUUAUGCUAAUCAAACACUUGAUCCUCAACAAGGAUGACUCUGUCCCUAACGGCCUGCGAGCGCUGCCCCUGUUCUAUGCCACCACCAUCGGGAUCAACACAUUCUCCAUCAUGUACACUGGAGCCCCAUUGCUUGGAUUAGAGAUGCUACCAGUGUGGGCCAUAUUUCUCAUAACAUUAGCCGGAUCCCUGGUCUGUGCAGCUGUGGUCUGGCUAGUCAUCUGUCCUUGGAUGAGGAGGAAAAUAGCAAGUCGUUUAAAGAAGGAGCAGGCUCUGUCCAGGAUUUCUUCUGAGAGCCUGGACAAGAUACCUGAAGAGGAGGAAGAGAGCCCCGUCUUUAAGGAGCUACCCGGGGCCAAGGGCACAGAUGAGGCAGUGGUGCCGCUGACUGGGGGCAGCAGUGAACGGGGCACUCGUGACUCCGGUGGAGAGCUCACGAGCCUGGCUAAUGGAGGCACUGUCCUGCCAAAUGGCCGGGUGUAUGGUCGCACCCACUCGAUGACCAACGGCUGCCUCAAGUCACCCAUCAUAAAUGGCAGCUUCAGCUUUGAUGGCCACAUGCGCAGUGAUGGCCAGGUGUAUCACACAGUACACAAAGACUCAGGUCUGUAUAAAGACCUGCUUCACAAAAUCCACGUAGGCCGUGUAGAUGAUGGCGAGCGCACAGGCUCCCAUGCUGGCCCCCCUGACAACAAUUAUCGCCUGCUGCGUCGCAACAACAGCUACACCUGCUACACAGCGGCGAUAUGUGGCAUGCCCGUCCAGCCACUCAUACGCACUGAGUCUCGUGAUGACAAUGAAAAGCUGGUAGGUGAAGGAGGCGGCAGGAGCAACAGCGUCUCCUUCUCCAAGAAGAGGAUACGCUAUGAUAGCUACUCUUCAUACUGUAACGCUGUGGCCGAGGCCGAGAUUGAGGCAGAGGAGGAUGGAGUAGAGAUGAAGCUGGCCACAGAGUUGGAGGGGGAAGGAGAAGGCGCUCCAGCUCCAGUGCCUCUGGAUGAUUUGGUCGAGGAGGAUCGCGAGGACAAGGAUAAGCCUGAGGUAUUCCUGCUUUUCCACUUCCUGCAGAUCCUCACCGCCUGUUUCGGCUCCUUCGCCCAUGGAGGCAACGAUGUCAGCAAUGCCAUCGGGCCCCUAGUGGCGCUGUGGAUGAUCUAUGAGCAGGGCGGUGUGAUGCAAGAUGCCACCACUCCCAUCUGGCUGCUGUUAUACGGAGGUGUAGGCAUCUGUGCUGGCCUGUGGGUGUGGGGCCGUCGUGUCAUCCAGACCAUGGGCAAGGACCUGACUCCUAUCACGCCCUCGAGUGGAUUCACUAUUGAACUGGCUUCCGCACUCACAGUCGUGUUGGCUUCCAAUAUCGGAAUCCCUGUCAGUACCACACACUGCAAGGUGGGCUCAGUCGUGGCUGUGGGAUGGAUCCGCUCCCAGAAAGCGGUGGACUGGCACCUCUUCAGGAACAUCUUCCUGGCGUGGUUCGUCACUGUGCCCGUGGCCGGCCUGUUCAGCGCCGCCGUCAUGGCCCUGUUCGUCUACGGCAUCCUGCCCUUCGUCUGAGCGAGAACGGCUGGGAGGGAGAACUGAGGAGAAAGGAGAGUGGGGAAAACGGGGGUAAAAAUCAUAACUCAAGUGUUAAAUGAACAGAGGAAAAAAGGCAAAGGUGAUAGGGAAGAAACAGGUGGGAGGGAGGUGCAGAGGUUUACAGAUGGAUGUGGGUGCCCUGUUGAUGUGAGGAGGGUUGGUUCACAUGCUGCUUGGCUCCGUAGUCCAGAAAUCUUUUUUGACUCUUCUGAGUUUCUGAUCAGUUUUUAUUCAUUCUCUUUUUGGUUGCAUAAGAAAGUGGGUACAACUGAUGACUUCACUAUAUCGUUCAGUCUGUACCUAAGCUAAUAGUAGGGAGAUUUCCAGUAACUUUUAACAAGACUUGUGCUUAUUUAAAACCAGUGGCUGUUAUUUUGUCUCUUCAUUGAAUUUUAUUUUUUGAAAAUAUAGAAAGCAUAUGACUAAAAACAAUCUGCGCGUUAAUUCUGCGCUCCUAAACUGACAAACCUGCCUGCAGUAAAACAAUAUCCUUCUGCCUGGAAUCCCAGGUAGUAUGGUCGAUUAAGUGCUUAUUAUUAUUUUUCCAAUAUGCCUGGAAAAAAAAACUGUACAUAUCGAUAUAUCAGAUUGAGUGUGAUUUGUUUUAUUGCAGCUUGCGUUAAAGCAAAAGAAAAAAAAAUAGCAGAAAAGAUGUGCGUGUGGUCAACCAACCCAUUCAUCUCACUUUUAACUAGCCAGGUACAACUUGGGCCAGACAGAAAGGACACCUCAACGAGGGCCGGUAGGAUUGUCACUCUGCUCUUUUAUUUUCUACAUCAUACCAUAGAAACCUGAUUAGCAAAAGAGAUGAUUUUUCUCAAAAGCUCCUGUACAUUUUUAGAGAUUGAUCUCAUAUUUUUGAUGUAUUGUACUGUAAUUUGUAGUGUAAAUACUGUCCUUAAAGAGUUUGGGGGCGGGUUAUGGGUCAUUGUUUAUAAUGUGAUUUUAAUGUUGUCAACUCAUGCAGUAUGUUUCAUCCCAGAGGCUCACAUUAUCGACACACACUUGGGAAGUUUCGGUUUUGGCAGAAGUAUAUUGAUGAGAAAACAGUAUUUAUAGUGUUGAAUCAAACCUGUUCACAAUAGGGAAACUGGAAAUACUUCAUUCCUUUAGAUUUUUAUUGCAUCAGUAAUUGCCGCAGUAUUAACAGUAAAUUAUUUAGUUGAGGGUGUUGAGCCCCAUGCCAAAGUAAUGUCAUCACCAUUUCAACAUGAAAUGAUGAGGUUCAGGUGCAGCAGAAGCUAAAACACUAAACACAAAAGAAUCAUAAGAUCUUAACAUGUUCACAUAUUUUCAUCCUGUAUUCCCUUGUUCUCAUACUUUGAACUUAGUUACUGGAGUCAUUUCCUCAUUUCAAUGCUCCCUACCAAUGAUGGACUUGUACACUCUCCGUGUUCAGGUCAUUGCAGAGCUCCCGCCCUGUUCUUAUCAUUUCAGUAACCCUGAACCUCAUUCUCCUCACACAAAUCUGUGGUAUCUCUCUCAAGAUGCCUCCAAAAGUUAAGGCCUUGUCAUGUCAUAUUAUGUGUCAUAUCAAACACUAACGCGUCAAAGUGUCGUAUUAUAACUGAGCCCGUUAUGCAGAGGUGGGGGACGGCCGCACGUGUAGCUCCUCACAGUGGCCUCAUGUCGUUUGAAGUGUAGAAACAUCAUCUAUCCCGUGUUUCAAUUGAAACACUAAAGGUUAGCCUGAUAUCACAAGGUCAAGUUGAGGGCUAAAUCAAAGUCUAGUGUUGGAGGCUGCUCAUGUCACAAAAAUAUCACGACUUUGGUCCUAGGAUCAUUUUGUUUGACUAGGACGGCAUCUGUGGAGGCUUGUACUGAUGAUCACCAGCUUUUUAACAGGAUCACCUGACCUGUAGAUGAACAAACUAAAGCUUUUUUAUUAGAACAAAUUCAAUGCCAGGAGUUAGGAUUCUUUUUUCUUUUUUUUUUCUUGUUAUUGUGGUGUGUUUUUCAAAUUUUUUCUCAAACAAAUCUAUGCUUAAGUAGUCAGUUGCCUUGUAAUAUUUUUACUUUGUGCAGAUACAGUAAAAUAAUUAAGUACUGUGGUGUUUACAUUGAACUAUAUUGUAGAAUACCUGGAAAAAAACAGUUGCCUAAUGAUGCCAAUGAAAGAAACUGUUAACCAUAAAUUUUUAAGUGCAAGUACAAAAACAAAGUAGAGAGCGAGAGGGCACGAGUGAGAGCAAGUGUAUGUGCGAUGACUUGAUUUUCGUUUUAUUUGUAGUAUUAGUAGUAGUUCUACUCAUCAGCCCUGUCACUUUACACUGCUACUACGAUGCAUUAACACUACAUGUAUGGGUGCAGUUCAGUAAUGAAGAUGAGAACUAGAGAAAUUUCAUUGACUAUAUAUUUUUCUACCAUAUCUGAGUUUUAACCUGGGUGAGCUUCCAGACCCUUUGGGAGAUUCAUCUCGGGUUUGAUGGGGAAGUUGGUAAACGGGGACUAGUUGUUCUAAGAUCACAGUGACACUGAGAUGGUCUUGUUACAGGGCGUCUCACUGUGCCAAUGCCAUGUGCUACACUUCCUCAGAGCCUGUGUCCUUCUAACAUGUAUACUAACGUGUCAGUUGCCAGUAGAUCAGAUUUUUAAAUUACCAUUUUUAUUUUUGAAUUGUAGAUGAAAACACUUUGUAAUUUUGUUUCCCUACUGCUUUGAUCAUGAGCUGUGGGAGCAGGACGGCAUCUUGUUAAAACCAGGAUGAGUACUGACUGAAGG